AUGGACGCUCCUUAUUUCCUCACUGUUGCCCACGAUACGCUGACCCGCACAGUCCUCCGCGUCCGCGACAGCGAGCAGCACGUCCCUUCGUCCACCGGAUUGCGCACCGAUGCAGUCCUAGCAGUCCUGAUGCUUUUCUCCGUGGCGCUGCUGCCCGUGGUCGUGCGCGUGCGAGUUCUCUACACCUUUUGCUGGACGAUCUUCACGGUGCUGGCGCAUGUGACGGAGUCGAAGGCAGCGCUAGGCCUUGCUACGUCGCUAGGCCUUACGAUCAUGAUGGGCUGGUACUCGCUCCGCGUGUUGGACCGCACGACGUUCAUGGGCAUCCUGCAAGGCUGGUUUGGUGCCGUCAGCAAGUACGGGUCUUUUCAACUACUGGCCAACUCGAUCGACCUCCUGCUGCACAUGGGCGUGCCGCUCGCACUCGUCUUCUGCUACCUGCCACUCGUGCGGAUCUGGAUGACUGGUCCUAUUCUGAUCUUCUCCCAGCUGUGGAUCAAGCUGGUUGCAGACGGCGAUCUCUCGCUCUCGGGCAACGACGUCUACCACAUCUACCCUCCGCGGCCCAAGGCUUUCUGGCACGCAGCACACAAGAUCGAGUUGGUCUAUAACCUCACCAUCCCGACACUGUGCGUGCUCGGGUGUCAAGCAGGUAUCCACGACUUUGUAGUCGCCUGCUUGGUCGCACCGAGGUCGUAA